GGAUUUCCCUGACGGGCCGCUUGCCAAAGGUUGCCGAUUUAUUGUGAAUUCUCAAAUUUCUCAAUGUUCAAAUGGAUUUUCACUGAAAAAUAUUACAGUACAUCAGGUCUUUUGUGUGUAUGGAGAACAGUCAUUUUUGGACUGCCUGGACUUAAAUGUUUCCUCACUCGCAGACUCCAGAUUAUUUAAUAGGGGGCUGUGAAUUGUAAUCCGCAAGCAGGCAUUUUAUUUACUCUGCCACAAGUAUCUUUCUGAUGCCUGGAUGGGCCAAUAUCAUGUUUACGCCAGACUCAGUCCAUAUUCUAAACCAGGGAUCGGCAGCUUCAGGCCAAUGGGGGCCGCAGGAAGCGGCUCUGGUCAAGGGAUUGCUGGCCGCUGCUUCCCGCAGCCCCCAUUGGUCUGGAACAGCGAACCGCUGCCAGUGGGAGCUGCGAUUGGCCGAACCUGUGGAUGCUGCAGGUAAAACUGUCCUGGCCCACCAGCAGAUUUCCCUGACGGGUCGCUUGCCAAAGGUUGCCGAUCCCUGGUUUAGAAUAUGGACUGAGCUUGGCGUAAACAUAAUAGUGGCUCAUCUAGGCAUCAGAAAGAUACUUGUUGCAGAGUAAAUAAAAUGCUUGCUUGUGGAUUACAAUUCACAACCCCCUAUUAAAUAAUCUGGAGUCUGCGAGUGAGGAAACAUUUAAGUCCAGGCAGUCCAAAAAUGACUCUAUUCUCCAUACACACAAAAGACCUGAUGUACUGUAAUAUUUUUCAGUGAAAAUCCAUUUGAACAUUGAGAAAUUUGAGAAAUCAUAAUAAAAAUACGGUAAAAUUUAUUUAAAUGUGUGGGCCAAAUUCACGUUAGGCUUAAUGUCACCAUGUGGGUGUUAUGAAGGUCCUAGAGGAGGAGGUCAUAGUAGUUCAGGGAGGAAUUUGACCCACAGUAUCAAACUGCCUGUGUUCAGUAGCUAAUCACCUUCUGUUUGGUUUGAAAAUCCCAAGUUGUUUUUUGUUUGUUUUCAUAUUGUGCUCAAUUUCUUUGUUGUUUGUAUUUGUUAUUUGCCUUUGUCAUUCGCUACCUGCUUCUUUGAGACAGGUUCUAAUGGAAUGUUUUGCAUUUGCUUUCUUUAUUCUAAAUCCUCACUUUAAAAUAAUGUAUAAAUUUACAAAACAUGUUGGAAAAUAACACUGAAGGGUCCAUUCUUCCAUUCACCUCUGGGGAUCAGAGAAAUUAGAGAUGGAAAAGACUGACCAAUUUAUUUGCAGCAUCCUUUUGUCAUAACAGGAUUGUGCCAUUCAAUCAUCGAAUCAUACAAAUGUAGGGCCAAAAGGGACCUCGAGAAAUCAUCAAGGCCUGACCCCUGAGCUGAAGCAGGAUUAAGUAUAUGUAGACCAUCCCUGACAGGUGUUUAUGUAACCUGUUCAUAAAAACUGCCAGUGAUGGGAAUUCCACCAACUCCCUUGGAAGACGAUUCCAGAGCUUAGCUACCCUUGUAGAUAGAAAGUUUUUCUUAAUAUCUAACCUAAAUCUCCCUUGCUGCAGAUUAAGCCCAUUACUUUUUAUCCUACCUUCAGUGGACAUGGAGAACACAGAUAGAUUGAUUGAGGUGAUGGCAGGCACAAACCUUGAUAGAAACAGCUUGUUGGUUACAAGUUUUUUUGUUAAAUAAACCCACUUAAUUUUCCUUUCCCCUUGUCAUCUCCCAACAGCAAUUACUAGCUUAAAUUCCAGAGAUCUCACACCCCUCAUGUCCAACAUUAGACACCUGCAUUCUGCAUAAGUGAGCGGUUCAAUGAGUAAAGGAGAGAAAGGUUUCGUGUAAGAAGAGAGGGUGGUGGUGCAGGAGUGUUCCACGGGUAGGGGGCAAGAUCGAAGAUGAUUGUGGGGGGAAAUGGACAAAUGAGCAUUUGUCCUGGCACCACUGGUGGAGCAGAAGAUGGGGUGGGAAGGACACCAUAAGUAAAGCUACGAUUUUUUCAUGGAGGUCGCAGAAGUCAUGGAAUCCGUUACUUCCAGCGACCUCCGUGAAUUCAGCCUUGUCAGCCAGAAGCUGCAGAGUCCCCAUGCCGCUCCCUAUGGCCGCGGGUGCCGGGGCCCCACGGAGUUCCCAGCUGCUACGGGCAGCAGGGUCACAGCUCCUGGCUGCAGCGGGCAGUGGGGAGACCCUGCAGCUCCAUGUGGCCAUGGGUACUGAGGGUCCCGCAGAGUUCCCAGCUGCCAUGGGCAGCAGGGCCGCAGCCCCUAGCUGCCGUGGGUGCGGGGCCACAGCUCCUGGACUCUGCUUGCAGCGAGGGACCCCGGAGCUCCCAGCCAACACAGGCAGUGGGCCACAGCUCCUAGCCGCAGUGGGGCCGCCGCAGCUUCCGGCCGCCGCAGGGUGUGGGGGUUCCCGAGCUCUGAGCUGCCAUGGUGCUGGGGGUCCUUCAGAGCUCCCAGCCUCCACAGGUGGCGGGGGUACCCUGGAGCUCCGAGGUGGGAAACUCUGGAGCUCUGAGCCUCCAUAGGCGGUAUGGGCACCCAGAGCUUGGAGCAGCCCCCACAGCUGCCCAACCCCUGCAGGUGGUGUGGGACCCCACAGCUGGGCUCCCCAUUUUGUCAGGGUUAUUUUUAGUAAAAGUGAGGGACAAGUCAUGAGCUUCUGUGAAUUUUUCUUUAUUGCCCGUGACCUGUCUGUGACUUUUACUAAAAAUAUCCGUGACAAAAUCUUAGCCUUAACUAUAAGAGACAAGGGCAGAUAAGUGGGGUGGGGGCAGAGUUAUGUAGGCAGUGUUGCCAAAUCUUGUGAUUUUACUGUGAUUGUUAUGCUAUCUAGUAUUUUUAUUAAACCUCAGCUUCAGGUCACGUGGUUUGAUGAGAAUCUCAGUUUUCAUUUUAAAAGAAAAAGUAAGUUUGUAGCCCUCAUAGUCGCAAGAAAAUCGUGAGGGCGUGAUCUGUGUGCAUGCUAAAGGCUCAAAAGCCAGAAGAGAAAUAAAAAGAACCUUGAAUAUAUUACUUUUUAAAAUCUUAUGAUUUUUUGGGGCUUGAGUCAUGAUUUUGGAAUGCUUGGGACUGGCAAUACUGUGUAAGGUAUAGAAAGUGGUAAUAAGAAGCUUGAAUUUGAUGUGGUUGAGAAGGGAGAAUAAGUGGAGGGAUUCAAACAGGAGUCUGUCUACAUGAGGAUAAAGAAUAAAGGUGCUUUUUAAAACUGAGUUGGCUGAAAUGAUUUGAAAAAUCCUGUCGUGCCUACUGGAUACAGAUCUGCAUCUUUAAAAUCAUGUUGUGGGGGUUGUAUUAGAACCUAGGGGGGAGCCUGUGUUACCAACAUGUCCAGCAAAAAUGUCUUUGUUUUUUCAGAAAUAUCCACUGAAAAGCUUGGGAUGUAUAGUUUUCAGAUAACUGGUUUUUUUCCUUAACUGUGUCCUCUUUGAUUAUAAAUGCUGUUUGAUUGGUCACCUAAGUCACAUGAUAAUGUUUCUGCUCUCCAAUUGGAUGACUGAAGCAAUUUAAACAGGAGAAUAAUGAAUAACAAGCAUUGCUAUUUAGUAUAAAUUUUCAAAUAUAUAAUUAUUUGGGCUAAAAUUCAAAAAAAGUUUAGUACUCACAGCUGUUUUCACAAAUACCUGGUAGCUGUCUGGAUACUAAGUUGCAAAUAAUGAAUGAUAUGACCCCAUGAAUCUAGUGAACCAACUCAGCUUCUGGUCACAAACAGAUUUGCAAAGCACUUUAUAUGCUGUUUGAACAGCUUUGAUUGUCAUGUUAGACUGCUGACUCUCUAGAGUCUUAAUUGGUAAAUGCUCCCUCUGCUGUUUUCUCGAAUUCUCCCCUCAGUCUGCAAUCACUGGCAUCUUGGCAGGAACACAGGUGCUUAGUGCAGGGAUUAAAAACUACUUUGCAAGAUUACAUCUGUUUUCCUCUCUGAUGGUUUUGCCAUUGCAGCAUUUUGUUCAAAAAGAUGAACCCAGGGCCUUCUGAAGGACCUCGGUCUAACACCCCACACCACACACCCAAGACUUGUACGCUGAGAAGCAAAUGUAACUCCUCAGUUCUUUAGGAUCAGAUUCCCAUCUGGACCCCCCAGACAGCUCUAGUCUAAACCAACCAACUACUGAGGCAUGUAGAUAACAUUUCUCAAAGCUUUCUCUAACUUUGGCACCCAGAGUUUGUUUGGGUAAAACAAUAAACGUAUUAGACCUACCUGGCUGAUGGAGGGUUUUUGCUUCCUCCUGAAACCUUUUGUUUGUAACGGGGAUUCGAAAGCUCAGCACUUGUGGAAUCUUCUGUGACUGCACAAAGGGGCUGUGGCAUGGACAAGCAGGCAGGCAGAAGGAAGAAAAAAGCUACAACUACAGACAAACAGGCUUCCAUUCAGCUUGAGUUCCAGCUUUGUCUCUAUUGUUUACCAGGGACCACACCCUGUUUGGAACUAUACAGCACACAGGACCAUCUAGUGGCUGAAUGAUAUACUAUUGGGUGGAGGUACCACAGCGUAACAAAUCCUUAAAAAGUCGCAUCCCGAGAAAUAUGGCCACAUCAAAUGUAGAAAUCCUGAAGGAUUCUCAAGCAUCAGGAGAUCCAGAAUGUUAAGCUAAGGGAAACUCAGUUGCUUUGUUGAUAUGAGUUCAGCUCGGUGCCUCUUGUAUAUUGUGAAUUGUAUGAAUGCACUAGCCUUUCGCUUUUGGAAAGAAGGGUUCAGAUAUGGGUUAGCUCAAAAAUGAAAAUGAGAGUUUGCUGGUCAGCCUGGUUUCCCUUGUUUGCACCACAAAACUUCUGCACAGGGCUGACACAGUCUGAAACAACUGAUGGUCUUUAUUUAAGAGGGACAUGGGACUGGUGUAGAAGGGAUGCAGCAGGAAGCCACAAUGGAGUAAAAAUAUGCCAGUAUGAGAACGUAGGUAGAUAGUGUUGGGACAGUUUUCCUAACACAUUUCCAGCCAUGUACAAUUUGUCAAUUUCAAGAAUGGUAAUAAUCCAAGUCUCAACCCUUAUCAUCCAGACCCAUGCAACGUAGAACCCCAAACUUCUCCAGAGUGACUAGAAUUAGAAUGAAUAGAUCAUUUGGGUGUAGAAUCCACACGCAAAGCUAUCUGCAUAUUUCAUGAUCUGGAAAACUGGAGGUUUUUUAUGAUUGAUAGAACCUUACGCUUCUAUAAAGAAUCCACCUGAUUCUUCCUAGUCACCAACUCCUAAUGUUACUAGGCCUGCAGUAGACUCCUGGAAAUUUAGGGAAAGUUUGUAUCCAGAUUGAAACACUACAUCUUGGGCCUAAUCUUUAGUUCAGGGAUCAGCAACCUUUGGCCCACGGCCCACCAGGGUAACCUCCCCGGUGGGCCAGGCCAGUUUGUUUACCUGCCACAUCUGCAGGUUCGGCUGAUCGCAGAUCCCACUGGCCGUGGUUUGCUGCUCCAGGCCAAAGGAGGCUGUGGGAAGUGGCGGCCAGCACAUCCCUCAGCCCGCGCUGCUUCCCGCAGCCCCCAUUGGGGAUGGGGAAGUCACUGAUGAACACAGCUGGUGUCUUAGUUUGGUAAAGAGUUACAGUGACUGGGCAACAAAAUGGCAGAUGAAAUUUAAUAAUGAUAAAUGCAAAGUAAUGCAAAUUGGAAAGCGUAAUCCCAACUAUACAUAUAAAAUGAUGGGGUCUAAAUUAGCUGUUACCACUCAAGAAAGAGAUCUUGGAGUCAUUGUGGAUAGUUCUCUGAAAACAUCCACUCAAUGUGCAGCAGCAGUCAAAAAAGCGAACAGAAUGCUGGGAAUAAUUAAGAAAGGGAUAGCUAAUAGGACAGAAAAUAUCAUGUUGCCUCUAUAUAAAUCCAUGGUACGCCCACAUCCUGAAUACUGUGUGCAGAUGUGGUCGCCCCAUCUCAAAAAGGAUAUAUUGGAAUUGGAAAAGGUUUAGAAAAGGGCAACAAAAAUGAUGAGGGGUAUGGAAUGGCUUCAGUAUGAGGAGAGAUUAAUAAGACUGGGACUUUUCAGCUCGGAAAGAGACGGCUAUGGGGUGAUAUGAUUGAGGUCUAUAAAAUCAUGACUGGUGUAGAUAAGGAAGUGUUGUUUACUACUUCUCAUAACACAAGAACAAGCGGUCACCAAAUGAAAUGAAUAGGCAGCAGGUUUAAAACAAAUAAAAGGAAGUAUUUCUUCACACAAUGCACAGUAAUCCUGUGGAACUCUUUGUCAGAGGAUGUUGUGAAGGCCAAGACCAUAACAGGGUUCAAAAAAGAACUAGAUAAAUUCAUGGAGGAUAGGUUCAUCAAUGGCUGUUAAUCAGGAUGGGCAGAAAUGGUGUCCCUAGCCUCUGUUUGCCAGAAGCUGAGAAUGAGCGACAGGGGAUGGAUCACUUGAUGAUUACCUGUUCUGUUCAUUCCCUCUGGGGCACCGGGCACUGUCCACUGUCGGAAGACGGAAUACUGACCUAGAUGGACCUUUGGUCUGACCCAGUAGGGCCAUUCUUAUGCUCUUACCUCAUGUUCAAAAGUUGGGAACCACUGGUCUAAGAUACUAGCAUAUAAUAGAGCAAAGGGUCAUUAGGAGAAAUUGGCUGUAUUCCCAGCUUUACCACUAGCUCACUGGCAAAUCACUUUAACUCUCUGUGCCUCCGUUUCACUGUUUGUAAAAGGGGGAUAAUAUUUCUUGGCACCUACCACCCAGGAGGGUUGUGAGUUGAAUUCAUUCAUGUUUGAAAAGCACGUAGAGAUCCUUAGCUAGCAGGUGCUGCAGAAGGGCAAAGCAUUGUCAUUAGUAUUUAGAUCUUAGAUUAACAAAUGAGGUUCUUUCAUAAGUUCUUACAAGUUUUAGCCUUUCGCACAGUGAUAUUUACUUAGAGUAGUGACUCUAAUAACUGAAGAGUGAUGAAAAAAAUAAAAAAAAGCAUUGCUUCCCCUUGAAAACCACUAGAAUUUGCAUAAACCACGUUGUCCGUCUGGUAAAUGAUUAUCUGCUCGGUCAGUGCCUAGAGUGGUUAAUAUUAGCUUGUUUUUAGUGAAACUUAAAGUUCUGUGUUUUGGGCUCUAUGUGUUUCGGUUUAUUUUAAACUUCAGAACAAUCACCUCCUGUGACAAUCAACAGCACGACAGAGUUAGAUUUCACGGUUAUUUUGAUGCUGUGGUUUGGAUGUUCCGGGUUUGCUUUAACUGCAAAUCCAAAAUAAAGGGAUAAAUAAACGUAGCCCCAUUGAGAUGAACGGUAGUAUUGCCAUUGACUUCAGUGGAGCAGGUUGUCACCUCUAAAGUUAUUUCUUAACGCCCCUGAAAAUUAACGACCGCAUUUCCAAAAGGCAAGAAGGCGUGGGCAGCGUGAAAAAAAUUGUGCAUAAUUGCACGCUUAAUAUGCAUACACAUCUAUAAAAAUUGUGUAUACAAACUGGGUAGUUACACAUGCACAGCUAGGCUCCCACAUGGCCACUUGAGUGUGGGUCUGCCAUAAAAUGUAGAAAUUACUGUAUGCAUGUGUGCACACUAGCCUGGAUUCCCUCCUUUAGGUAAUCGGGUCCCAUAUGUACUGAAUUUCCAUAAUAAUAAUACAUAGCACUGUACAACAUUAACUUCAAUGUAGUUGAAAUGCAACUGUCUCAGGGGCUGUCACUUUCCCUAUACCUAUUGAAAGAGUCAAGAUUAGUUGGAAUGCUGCAGCUGUCUAGCCUGAGUGUUAAAUUCCUGGAGACAGGCAGAGCAUUGUCCGUGGAGGUUCCUUGGCAUUUGUUCUUUGCCUUCCACAAUGUGUCCCUUGUGCUGAUUUGGGCCUUUGUGUUCUACCUUGAUACAGAUAAAUAAUAAUGUAAUAUCACAUUCUUCCAAAGCUUGGUUUAGUGGCUUUGAGAAUAUAGUACAAGAUGCACCUAUGAAAUGAGCUGGUGGAUUCAGUCCAAGUUCCCUGUGUACAUGUGUCCCUAUCAUAAAAUCCAGCACCACAACUAGUGCUAAGUGGCAGCCUCUCAGCAAAGAAAGUAAGGAUUGGACAGGCAGUGUGACUGAUCUACUUAGACAUAGUCCCUCCUGAACAGGACGGAAGCACUUUGGUAGGACAUUCUGGGAGAUACAAGCACUGUUGCGCUUCCCAUGUAGUACCUGUUCUAUGGAUAGACACUUUCUUUCUCCCAGGAUUCAGAUAGGCCACUACUUGUCAUCUAAAUGUGCCUGAAAUAACUACGGCUCUAAUCCUACAAAAGCCUUUCCCUGUGCCUCCCAGGAACCCCAGUGAAGGAAUCACGGCCUACAGAAGGAGAGAAAUAGCUGAUUCUCUGAAUUCCAGUGCUUACCUGCUCUAUGCUAACUAGAGAAACUCCCUCCGAAGUUAAAAGACCCUCUGAUUUGUUUUCUGCCUGCGGAAUAAAAAAGGCUUUGUUAUUAUAUAUAGUUCUCCCUUUUUUCAUUGCAGAAGAAUCCGCUUAGAACAGGUAUGCCUGUUUGACUGUCAUGGUCAUGGAUGAUGGAAAAGCAACCGUCAAACAACAGUAUCCUCCAUCAGUUUAUUAAUAGCCAGGAGCAGACAUAUGAAGAAUUUCUCAGCAUGUUCACUUAUCUUUGGAAAGAAGAGGUGAAAAUGAAAAGCCAAGUAUCUGAAAUGGAUUCCAUAGAAAAUACAUUUUCGAUGCUUGAGUUGUCAAACCAAAAUAAACAGAAUGUCUCUCCUGUAAGAAACAAAGAGCCAUCAGUGUCUCUCUCAUCACAGCCUCUGGAUGAAGACCAGAUAAUGAUGGGUAAAGGCUGGAAAGUUGGCUGCUCUAACCAAGGUGACCUCAGUCUGGCAAGAAGAGUGAAGGUGGACAAUUUCUUGGAUUUGGAAGAUUUUGACACAGAUGAUGAAUUUAGUCAAGGGACAUAUAGUGGGUCAUUAGUGCUUCCAGGAGAGGUGGAACAGACAGCGACUUAUUAUACACCUUUCUUUGAUCAGCCUACUAAUCUGGAGUUCGGGACCUUGCCAAUUACACAACCAUCAAUCAGCAAAACACAAGAGGUAUGUGGGGAUGAAGUUCAGCUGUUCUCCCUUGAUGAAGAAUUUGACUAUGACAGUGUGGCAUUGACCCCCAAGUUCUCUGAGGCUGAGAUGAAGGCCAUUAUAAACUUGUCUGUACAGAAAAAAAUAGAUACACUUCUCUUACCUACUGCUCAGGUAGGUAUGUUCUAUACACUGUCAUUCAGACUGAUCAUUACAUGGUUCAGUUUGGGAUAAAGAAAUACACCUCUUUGGUUAAUGCUGAACAAUUGUUAAACUCUGGUGCAACAUUCAUCUUGUGCAGAGAGGUGGGAUACUUCACUUAGGCCUCUCAUGAAUUUUCCUUUCUCCCUUUGCUUAUAGAGAUAAAUAUCAUAAUGGAGAACAGGCACAGUAAGUUAGACUUGCUGGUCAGUUCAUUUUAUUGACCGGCUUAGAUGUGACUGAGUUGUUAAUGUACCAUUUCAUUGCUUAUCUGCUGCUGGGAAACCAUAUUUCCUAUCCUGUAAUUAUUCAUCAAGUCUUUUUUUCAGUUGAUAUUGAUACAUAUAUAGAUAUAUAUCUGGUAUUGUUUAAUUGUUUGCAUAAUAAGACUUUGGGGCCUGACUAGUAGAUUCCGUCCUCCCCACCCAGUAUUUAGAAUUUGGCCUGGGGGGAAAGCGGGAGAGAAUGACCUAACGCGCGCACACACACACAUACACACACUUUUUAUUUGCAGACAGUUGUACUAAAUUAAUUUUCCUCUCCUCCAAAAUCAGUUCUCCUGUACAUGGCAAAAAUCCAUAAAAGAAACAGUUCAAGGUUCCCCCUUGAGGAUUUUUUCUCUGGAUUGUUCCUUGAGGGUGGGGUAUGCCCCCCUCCCAAAAUGACCAGGAUUUUGAAAUGCAAAUCUCACAGAUCUUGGAGGAUUCAUCAGAAUGCAGAAACUAUAGGGGGAAAAUGUAGAAAACGGAGCUUAAAUUGUUCAUUUGUUAGUUUCAACACGAAGUCCUCUUGCACUCCUUCUCUAACUGCAGACACUUCAGAACAAAGAAAUCUAAUACAUUUUCAAAUCAUGUUUAGAGCAGUUAUUUUCCCAAGUCAAGUUAGUGUUAAUUAUAAUAUAGAUUAAUACUUUUUUAAGAGGAUAACUUGCUUGCAAGUGGUGCUAACACACACACACACACACACACAAAUAAUUCACAUUUCUUUUAAAGUCUUUUAAUCUAACCUAUCUAUAUGAGGAUUGGGAAAACCUAGGGCAACAUUGGGCCUUAUGUACACUUCGGAUUUUUUUUUAGAAGUCCCUACAUUACUCAGAAAUAGUGACAGGUUGUUGAAGAGGUUCAGAUUUGGGCUCAGAGCCAAACCUUUGUGGUAUAGAAAUCAACAUGGAACCAAAUUCCAUGUAUGGCACAAAUCCAACAAUCCCAUGUAUUGCACAGUUUGACUAACCAACAACUUGGAUGUCAAAGUAUCCACUUGGCUUGUAGGAUGAAAAAUGCCCACUAUGGUUUUUACCACUCAAUUUUAGCAGUACUCAGUGAUAGCCUGAUUUUUACUUUGGCCCAGAUUCUGCAGUCCAACUGAGGGCAGGAAAGGCCAAGCAGAGCAUGGUACCUGUUUAAUUUCGCUUCACCAAGGGCCUGCAGCCUCUUCAGACUGCACCAUGAAGGAUCCUAAACGCUAGUUCAGUUGCGUGCAGGUAUGCGCAUCUGCUGGUCAAACUCCCUGCGUAAAGAAUUGUGGUGGAGCAGCUGUGGGUGCUACUGCAGCCCUGAAGCUGUCGUAUUGGAUGCAGAGUGGCAACUGAAAAGGCUGGGGCAAAGAUUCAUUUGCUCUGAUCCCAGCAGACCUCAUCAGCACAUAGUUCAUUUACUGAGGCUGAGUGCUGACGAGAGGACUUGAAAAUGUUGGCUUCACAAACUGCAAAAAUUCAGCUCACCGUAGUUCAAGUGACACAUGAAAGAUGAGGAAACCCUUGAUAAUGAUUCUUGACAGCCUCACGAGAUGAGUUCCCUGCACCACAGAGAUGAGCACUUGUGAUAAGUAAGGGCAUUCCCACCGCUAUGAACUUUCUUGUGGUGAACUGGCAGUUAGCACAGGUGGGCGUGAGGUGCCACAUGUACCUUGGGGGUUCUCUUGAAGGGAAUGUAUCCUUUUCACGGAUUGGUUGGUUGCUUUGGCCAAUCCCUGACAUCUGAAAUUCUGCCAGGUGUUAAAUGUCUGCCUGUCCUUUCUGAAAACAAAAAGGUCGUUUUCUCUUAAAGGGCUUUAAUUAAGUUCUAAACUCUUCAAAUGAUUAUGAGUUUGGUAAAGCCGUUUGAGGAGACAUCUUGAGGUGACAUCUUGUUGGCAAGAGUAUUGUACAGCCAUAUCACAUGUUUAUGAUACUGUCAGGUACUAAGGAAGCAAAGUGGAGAUAUUUUAGCUUUACCACGUGUUUAUGAAAUGUUUGCAAGAAGAAAAGCAAGGGUUAAGAUGUACUGUCAUUCUUAUAGUCAAGCUAAUUUAUCUGCAAUCACAUGGACUUGCAGCUAAAUGGAAAUCAAUUGUAAUAAAUUAUGAGAAUGCAAAAUGGUUGUCUUAUUUACAGAAUCUCUGAAAAAGACAAUGGCAAUGAAAAUUCCCCAGAGCAAUCAAUUGUGAUCUUACACAGGCUAUUGGGUAUCUUCUUCAGAACAACUAUUCACAUAAUCAUGUUUCAAAAUAGCAAGUAGGAUGGAUGUAAACCAAACCCGGGUCUGAUUUCAAGCUGAGCUGCAGGGGCUAACCCUACUCACUAUAUUAAGGGCCAAAUCACACUCCCAGGUCUGAACACCCCAAACUUUGGGGAAGUUCAAACUUGGACCUGUAUCCAAAUGUUUCUUAGUGCUGUUUCUAAGGGCCCAUCUGUACUACAAAAAUAAUGGAGUAAAGGGACCUGCCUGUGUAGAAAAGUCCCAUGGAAUUUAAUAAUAAUGAAAACAAUUGGGUUCUAUAGAAAUGUAAUAGUGUUCUAUAGAUAUGAUUGUGAAAACAUAGAAAUUACAUGGAAAAUUAACUAGAGAAUCAUAUCCAUGCUAUAGAAUUUUUAUAGGGUGAUUCAACUUAUAGAAAAGAUAAUUUUAUAGAAUGGUGAAAAAUCUAUGGGAAGUUUAUGAUUUUGUCAUGAAGAUGAUUACAACACAUCUGUCCUUUGACCCCAUUACAAUAAGGUUAAAAUUUGUACGCAGGACUUAAUUGUGUUUCAUAACCAUGCUAAAGUCCAAGGCUUUUUCUUGAUUGCAUGCAAUGGUUACAACAGGGUAAGAUCCCAUCAGCACAACAUUCUAUUUGAACUAUGUUGUAACUGGGCCUUCAGACAUGGUUAUUUUUGUAAUGCAGACAGGCCCUAGCAGUAAAUAAACCUCAAGAUUCAUAAGUAUUGUAGAACACAUCUCCUAUUCUGUUCCUAGGAAUAAAACCUUAGAAUAUCUAAUAUGCAUAACUUUCAGAAAGAUUCAAGUGUCAUCCAUCAUAUUACUCCUGUUUCUCAGAAUAAAUCAACUAGAGAACAAAUUCCACCCAUUACUUAGUAGUGUUGACGCUGCCAUUUAGAUGCGCUGCAAAUUGCACAUUCACUCUUUAAAAGAUGGAAGCUGAGAUGCAUUUUUUUGGUUGGUGUCAGAUUUACAACCAGCUUACCUAAACAUGAUAAGACAAUACAUUUGUCCGAUGAGCUACUUUCCUGCUGGAUACAUUUUUACAGUAAAAGAAGAUGGAAGGCUAGUGUCUGUCCCAGGCACCAUCGAUGCUGUGUUAGUACUUUUAUGCAUAAGCUUAAUAUUUACAAAGCUUUCAAAAACAAAGAAUCAGGAAAGUACAAAUUAUGGUCAGACUGCUUAUUGAAUGAAAAUUUAAUGCAGGAUUGUCCUUUGUUUAAGUCAGAUGCUUAGACUUAGUUUCCCAUCUCACCGAAAGUUCUGUUAACUAUUCGAGUUCAAAAUCCAGGCUGUCAAAACACUGGCAGCUAGCACUGGCUGAAUAGUAUUCACUGAAUCAAAAAUUUUACCAAUUUAAAGACUUUUUGUUUUGUUUAUGUAACACUUGCAAACAGUUCCUGAAUUCUGCAGAUGUCUCACUCAUAAGCUUUCAUCAGAUAGACUGGACGAAUAAUUUCCUGCCUUGGGCUUGUUUAAGGACUGGAUGCAGAAAGAUUUACUUUUCCUGUUUGCUGUUUGUGGCAUGUGAUUUGUCACAUGGCAUAUUUUUCACUCUCUGAGUCAUUGGAUGACUGAAACGCUUUAAUCAGGAGAAUAUGAAUGAGGGAUAGUGGAUAACUAGCAGAUAAUAAUGGAAAUGAGAUGCGAAUAGUGAAUAAUGCAUCUCUGGUGUAAAUUUGUGGAAAUUUUGCUGUCACUAACACCACCGUGAAUACUUACAAUGAUAUGAAUAUUCACAAACAAGGCCUAAUCGUACAAGAUGUCGAAUACCCUCAACUUCCAUUGUCUUUAAUGAGAGCGCCUUGUAGAAUGGGGCCCAUAAUGAAGGACCCCCAUAAAUAGCUGCAAAUUGAAUUGCUUGCUGAUAUAUUCAGUCAUCUGUUUUUUCAUUACUCAUGCAGCUGUAUUGACACCCAGGACUCUGAUACUGAUCUUUUAAAGGAUCAAAAACUGGACAUCAAACUUCUACAAGUCACAUUUGCAACUCAGUCAGUAUUGUGCUUUGCAACCCAUCCCAUAUGCUCCCUUCUCCUAAGCCACAGCAACAAGGUAGAUAUCUACGAGGCCAUUACUUUUUCAUUAGUAGAUGUUUGGCAUAGUCCAACAAGGAUCAGAUCAAAUGGCCACAUAAACUGAAUAAUUUCAGGUGGUUUGAACAGAAGUAAUGGAUGAAAUUAAGCAAAGUUAAAUUUAUAAUGAACAUCAAAAACAUUUCCUGAAUUAAACAGAGAUCUGUGUUGGUGCUGGAAGUCUCCCAAGGGAAGUAAUAGAAGCUGACUUGCUGGUGUUAUUAAAGCUAGCCUGGACAAAACACUGGAAUAUACUAUAGAGAUUAAUGCUUUACUCUAGCCAGAAAAUGGACUGAAUAACCUGACACUGCUUUUCCAUCUCUAAUUUAUAAUACUAUGAGAGUCUGAGUGGUUUUAAAUAUGAGAUUUUAUUUGUUUAGAUUUUCAUCACCAGGAGAUUUUAAUUCAAGUGGUGGGCUCAGUUUGGAGAUUUUAAUUUUUUUUUCUGCUCACAAAUCCAAAGGAAUUGUUUGCUAGCUGCUGAUUUGUACAUAGAUUGGACAUUCUGUGACAUAAAACAUUGCUCCCACUACACCAAAAAAGACAUCACACUGUUGAGCUAUUUGAAUAAUCUAUUUGAAUGAUCAGUAAUUUGAACAGACCUGGUAUGUUACAAUAACCACCUAAGACACGAGGGAAGGCUUCAUUUUUACAACUACUGUAGUGCUUAAUUUACAGGUGGGCCUGAAUUAAAAUGUUAGAUCAGACCCACUCAGAAUUUUUGGAAAGCUCACAUCUGGAACUGGAUCCAGACAUGAACUUCAUGGCUCAGGCACGUAGCAUGGAUCUGAAUAGGAGUACUGGAUCCAAACCCAACUGACCUUUGUGAUUCAGCUUUGUCUUGAGUUUAAUUAAUGAUUAGCCUGACUUUGGGACACCUCAAACCAGGCUUGCUCCAGAAUUCAUAAAUUACUGGUGUGAAUCAGCUUUAGAUUUAGAAAUUAGCUUCUUCUGUUGUUUAUUUCAGCAUCCACUUGUCAGUGUAGCUAUCAUAGGUAUAUAUUGGACACCUAUCACCAUAGGCUCACAGUGUCAGGAGAUGGCAUCACUACCCUUUCCAGAAAUGGAUUCAGCAAGAAAUAAUUUCCAAGGGAAACAAUAAACAUGUCUCUUAGUUGGAAGUCCUUUCCCUCCCGUGCAUUCCUUUUUCACCAAGAGAAGUUAAAGGUGGACGUAAAUUAAGAAAAUGAAAAUCUAAUUAAAACUGGUUCAGCCCAUUUUCUGCUGAAUGGUUGAUGCCAACCAGGCUGUGGUGAUGGUAAUGAUAAUGGGAGAUCAGUACAGAAAUAAAUUCAAUUAACCUUUUAAAAAUUAUUUCCCUAAUCCCCUAUGAAAUCCUCCUGCCCUUCCUGCUUCACUGAAGGUGCUCCAGAACCAGCACAUGAAAUCAAAGAAGUCCAAUUUCAAUCCAUGGUAUUUAUGAUCUCAUAUAAUGAAGCAUUCUGGAAUAUCUUAAGUGAUGUACCAAGAGGAUUUCACAGAGGGAAAAGACUUUUUAAAAGGUGAAUCUGAUUUUCGUGCUAACUAUACACCUCUAUCUCCACCCCCUAAAAAGAAAAGCAUGGUUAGAAAGUGCCCACCAUUGUUAUGGUAAUGGGCAUAUCCCAAAUACUUUAGCCAGCUCAUUCAGCAUAUGCACCUGCUUUUAGCUCAGUUUUCAAUUUUGCUUUGCAGAUCACCUUUCCUAACCUUUUGUUCCUACAUGGAAUUUACAUAACCCACAAGCACAGAGGAAACAAAAAAUUGUGGGUCUUUCAAACCAUCACCAUCUUAUUAGCACUCUGAAAGACGUUUGCUGAAGAAUUCAGUAAAAGGGGGGUGCUGAUUGCUACCUCAUGUUAAGGUUUCUCUGUUUUAAAUAUUAAGUGUUGAGUGCACUCGAGAUUUCAGUGGCCUCUGAGUCACAUUUUUUAUGAUGGUUGAUGCAAUCUGUCACAAGAGGGGAAGAAAAAAGUAGAUUGACGGUCUAAUUUGAAGUAACCUCUAAGUUACUCUGAGUGGGAGCUCAAGAGGACUGAUUACACGUAAAAGCACCACAACUUUUAUAAAGCUUCAUUUGAAUGCCACAGAAAAAAAAUAUGUUAGAAAUUCAAUUAACUUUCUGCAUGAAAAAAUGCCUUAUAUGGUGGCUAAGCUCACCUUACAUAGUUUCUUGAUUAUGCUUGGAAGCAAAUUGCCUUGAUUAUACCUUUGUCAGGAAGGGAAGUCUGUUAAUUAAUUUGAUACAUGCUAUAAUGGUGCUAAAUUGUAUCAUGGAAUGAUUAAAUUAGGCUUCAUCGAUAUUUGUCUCCUGUAGAAAAUAAAUAUUGCUCACUCAGUCAGUCUCACUUUUUGCUGAGUUUGCACACCUAGCUGUUGAUUACCAUGUAUGUUAAAACAAAAAUGAUUACUGUGUUAUAUUCAGAAAGGUAGAAGUAGUAAACAAAUUGCCUACAUAGUUGAAAUAAGAUUGAAACAAAUCUCCCUGGUUCAGAGAACCUCUGAAUUUUAGAGAAGUUUGGAUUUGAACUUCACAGCUGGCUUGUGUCACUGCACGUGCUGAACCAGAACCUCAGAUUCAAACACACGGGAGUUUUGGAAAUGUUCAGGUUUGGAUCUAAAUUCUUAUUUCGCCUGGUCAGUGGCUGAACAUGAUUCAAGUGAGAAGUAAAAUUGGUUUCUAAAUUUGUCCUAUCACUACAUAAGAAAAAAAUCCCCCAAAUAAUUGCACAAUUAUUAUUUUUAUAAUAGGCUUAAUACUAUUAUUAUUUUAUUAGUUUCUGGUGGCAUACACAAUAUUGUAGGUACUUUCCAAACACAACAGAAAGUAUGGUGCCCAACCCACGGUGUUAAUAAUUUGAAAGAUUUACAUACUGUCAAUUCCUUAUGCUCAAAACAUGACUUACAUGUAGAGACAAUGCCAAGAGUAAAAUGCAGUAUUUACAAAAA